AUGUUUGGUGUUCACCCAGAGCACCUCGUCGCCGCCCGACGGCGGGUGACAGCGCUGAGGCCUGAGCUCCCUCCACUUCAGGCAAUGGAUGAGAACGCGUACUACUUCCGUUCCCGGGCGAAGAGGAGCGACGCAACCCCCCCAGAAAUGCUGGAGCGCAUGGGAACGUUUUGGCACACCGACGAGAUAUCUCGUGCAUCAGGGAACGCCAAAGAUAUCUGGCGGGAGUCCAAGUCGCCCAGCGCGAAAGGCCACCCUCGUCGGCAGCUCAUCGUAGAGGGGCAGGGUGAGGCAGUCUACGAAAAGUUCUUGGUGUGGCCAGGUUGGAUCAACUUCAAGAAGGUCUGGAAGGAGGANGGAGGGGGAAGAGGGGGAGGAAGGAGCAAGUACCCGGCCUGCGGCAUGAACCUCGAAGAACAGGUAGUAGAGGAGACAGUCAUCAUGGUCACUGGGGUAGAUCCUGUGGUUGGGAUGGAUCCUGUGGUUGGGAUGGAUCCUGUGGUCGGGAGCAAAAAAAAGGCGAAGAAAAUCGUUUUCCGGAAGGGGGCGACCACCUGUCAGAUGGACAGGGUUACCGGUACACAGUUUGGGGUCUCGUUCUGCGGUAGCAGCAAGUAGAAUUGUUCGAGGGGCUGGGUGGUGGUGCGUUGAAAUCUUGGUUUGCCCAUUUGCUGUACUUUUGUGAAGAUAAUUGCGUGGUUUGGUGAAGAUUGUGCGUGUUGCGACUGGUAAACCUGCAGUUUUUCUGUUGUGCUUAAUCGGUGGUGGCUAGAAAAGUGUUAUGUACAACACCCAUUAUAACUUU